AUGGAAGUCAAUGCACAGCUGACAACAGCUUUAAGAGAGUUGGGGUUUGAGGAUGUGAUUGCAGAGCCUGAAUUAACCCACUCCUUCGACAAAGUCUGGAUCUGCAGCCAUGCUCUCUUUGAGCUCAGCAAGUACCUGAUCUACAAGCUGGUGACUCUGGUCCUUGCCAUACCGCUGGCCCUGGUUGCCGGGAUUGUCUUCGCAGUGCUUAGCUGCCUGCACAUCUGGAUUGUGGUGCCCUUCGUGAAAACCUGUCUCAUGGUGUUGCCUUCAGUGCAAACUGUGUGGAAGAGCCUGACAGAUGUUUUCAUCGUACCGUUUUUUCAGAGCAUAGGCCGAUGCUUUGCCAUGGUUAAUAUACGCCUGGAUCCAGAGUAACUGCCAGGGAUGCAACAAUUGUAAUUGUAUGGAAUUGCAGAAGGUGUUAUACCUCUUUGCUAACGUAACAUGCAAGCACUUACCGUUCAUUUCAAACUGUCACGAUUACAAUGGCUGGUUCAAGUGGGAACAUACUGUUUUUCUAAAACUCAUUUAUUUUCAGGGGAUCAAUUUAAGAUAGAGCAGGCAGUUUUCGUAUCUCACUGUUUUAACAACAAAAGGAACGUGGAACACAUUGGCAACACUUUAUUUUAAUGGGACAUUGAUUGUUAGAUCACAGAGGAAUUCUCGUGGAGGCUUAAUAGCCAUCACGGUGAUAAUGUUUUAAAUUGCUAUGACUGCUGUUAUUACUGUAAAUAUUUAAAUUGGUAGGACGUGAUACUUUGGGUGAAAGUGAUCUCUAGGAUUUCACAUUGACUACUGGAAUUCCACCAGGGAUCAUUCUGGCCCUCAGCGUGAUACACUCGAUUAUUAUUUGCAGCAGGUAAAAUGAAUGUCACUCAUUGCAUGCAGCAUACAGAGAAGGGAACUAUUGUGUAAUUCUUCCAUACUGGGGAAAAGCUCCCCAGAAGUUUAUCACUUAAAAUAAGGUGUUAGCUAAUGAUUGGAACAUGAGCUAAUCUGUAUAUUUUAUUUAAUGAGAGGUUAACUUUGCUGUAUAUUUUGUACGUAUGUAAAUGGCACUUGAUCGUUAUUCUUUGAAGCAUUAUUUCUAUAGUAUUUGUAUUUUAACAAACUUACUAGGCAGAAAGAGUGAGACUGCAAAAAAAUAGGUAACUAAAAAUUAGAUAACUAAAGUUUCAGUUUCUAAAUUAUGCAGAGUUUUGAAGUGUUGCUGUGCAAUUCUAGUAUAUCCUUUAUAUAUAGGUGUGUGUAAAAGCAGAGAUUAUAAGUGUUUUCUUACAAGACUAUGCAAAAGAGUUGGAAAUAUCUGUUUAUGAGAAUUGUUUUUUAUUAAAAAUGGGCUGUGGCAAAUGCAACACUGCCUAUUUCUGUGCAUUAUCAGCAACAUUAUGAUAUUUAAAACGAUAGACACGAUGCAGGCACUUUAACUAGAUAGCAAGCUCUUAUAUAAGGCACAGGAGUGUAAUUGGUAUCCUUGUCUAAUUCUCUUCAUCUACUGACCUGACUGUCCAUUUUGGCUUAUUUACUACUUUAAAGCCUAACCCAUAAAGAGCCCUUCUUCCUUCUGCACCUAACAGAGCUUUGUAAACCAGAAUAACAGAACACAUGCAGAGGUACAUUAAAAUUACAUUAAUCUACUGAUGGGUUUAUGCUGCUGUUUUAUUUAAAUAUAGAUGAUAAGCUGCAGUUGUAAAAUGUUUGUAUGAUUUAGUAUGUUGCUUUCUAAAAUGAUGUCACAGAUUUCUUAUCAAACAAGAGAUAUGUAAUAGAACAAUAAAAUGUCAGCAUUUUCAUUUUUUCAACUUCAUUUUUUCAGCUUCAACUUUUUUAAAAGCACUUUAAAAUGUAGAAGAGCAUAGAAUACUAUGCAGUUUUUCCAAAAUGCAGGGCAAGGAAAAGAAAUGAAUGAGCAUCAAUACAGUUCCACUAUUAUAAAUUGCAUUCAUCUUAUUUAUAUUAGGAAGUGAUUGAUCUCUCUUUGCUGGAUUAAGCCCAAACAGAGUGUAUUUUCUGAAGCAGGUCUCUCAGUGAGGAAUUUUGGCUACAUUUAGAAAAACGCUUAAUUCUUUUUAAAGGAUUCAUGCUUUAUUUAUAGAUGAGCUGCAGAAUUUUCCUUUUCUUACUCACUAGCCUACAGAAGCUAGCUAACACUGCAUAUUCUUUCUACAUUAAAAACAUCUUUUCCAUUGAUGACAUUCAGAGAGCGAUUCGUAUGACUUUUGAAAACUGGAUCUUAACAAUGAGUGCCCAUUGAAACUUCUCGAGAGUUUUUCUUCCACAAGAAAUUAAACCUGCUUUUCAACCGUGCUCUUCAAAAUAUGUUUCUUCUGUCAGAAACAGAAAUAUAUUUUUGAAAAUAGAAAAAUGGUCAGGCCAGGCUUGAAGUUUUUUGAGAGUUACUUUCUUUUCCAAAGCCUAAGUAUUUUUACAAAGAUAUUUUCCACAAAAAAUAACCCCUUAAUGAAUUACAUUUUCAAAAAAAAAUCAAUUAGUACUAGUCAUUGUGCCUAAAACGAGCCUGAUAAAAAGCCUAAGCUUUGCAAGAGCUCAGGUUUGGAUCCAAACUUUGAGAGUGAGGCUAUCCCCUAGGGAAAAAUAUAUCAUUCUAGGUCACGCACUACUGGAUAUAUGCAUUCGUGAAUAGCUUACUGAAGUCAUCCCAGCUGUAGCUACUGCAGAGAUUGGUUUGUUCUUACAGAAUCUUACAGAUGUUGUUUGUUCUUACUUUGAUUUGGGCCUUUCUGCUUCCUAGUUGUCAUUAAUUGAUUCUUUUCAUCAUUUCUCUAACUAUAUCACAGACUAAAGCAAGCUUGCAAUGAAAAAUAUCUUAUUAAGUAAUUAAAGCUGUUUGUUUCUUACA